AUGUUGGUCAUUUUAACUCUUCUAGUGAUAUUCUUAUUAUUUUGUCCAGUGACUAUAUCACAAGUACAGAAACGUGAUCCAGAUUGUGAUUAUAAUAUUACACAGAUAAUUCAAAGUAAAGGUUAUCCAUGUGAAGAACAUAAAGUUAUUACAAAAGAUGGGUAUAUUCUUGGUAUAUUUCGUAUUCCACAUGGUCGAAAAUCAUCAUCAUCAUCAUUAGGUCGACCUGUUCUUCUUCAACAUGGUCUUCUUGAUUCAUCUGCAACCUGGGUAAUGAAUUUUCCAGAUCAAAGUCUUGGUUAUAUUCUUGCUGAUGCUGGUUAUGAUGUAUGGCUUGGUAAUAUGCGUGGAAAUUAUUAUUCACGUGCACAUAUUAAAUACAAUCCUGAUCAUGAUGAAGCUUUUUGGGAUUUUAGUUGGGAUGAAAUGGCAAAAGAUGAUCUUCCAUCAAUGAUUUAUUAUAUAUUGAAUGUAACAAAAUAUGAACAAAUUGGUUAUAUUGGUCAUUCACAAGGUACAAUGAUUGCUUUUGCAGAAUUUAGUCGUCCUGAUAGUAUCAUUCAAAAUAAUAUUAGUUUUUAUGGUGCAUUAGCUCCUGUUGUUCAUUUAGGACAUAUAAAAUCUCCAAUAAAAUAUUUAUCAUUAACAUCAAAAGAAUUAGAACUUUAUUGGCAUUUAUUAUUUGGUCGUAAUGAAUUUCUUCCAUCAUCUUAUAUAAUAAAAUGGCUUGGAACAUUUGCAUGUGGAGAUGUUAUACUUGAUCGAUUAAUAUGUGAAAACGUUUUAUUUAUUUUAUGUGGACCAGAAAAGAAAAAUAUGAAUAAUACACGAAUUCCAGUCUAUGUAUCACAUGCACCUGAUGGAACAUCUGUCAAAAAUAUGAUUCAUUAUGCACAAGGUGUUCAUUCAAAUAUAUUUCAAGCAUAUGAUUAUGGUUCAUCACAAAAAAAUCAAUUACAUUAUAAUCAAACAACACCACCGGAAUAUAAUAUUCAUGCAUUGAAAAUCCCAACAGCAAUAUUUUGGUCAACUGAUGAUUGGCUUGCUGAUGCAAUUGAUAUUGCUUAUAUUUUCGAUAAUUUAAAAAGUAUGGUCUAUGAAAAAUGUAUUCCAGAUUAUAAUCAUUUGGAUUUUGUUUGGGCUAUAUCAGCAAAUAAAAUUAUUUAUUCUGAUUUACUCAAUGUUAUGCAAAAAUAUCAUCCACCUAAUUAA